GUUUGUGGAUAUAAAUCUGGAGGACGAUGAUGAAUUUGGAAAUGAUAUUGCAUCCAGUAUUAAGACUGAAAGCAUUUAUUCUAUGUCACAUGAAAUGGGUUCAUCUGUGGAUGAGGCAGGACCAUCAAAUAUUUCCAGUUCUGUCACUGAAAGAUUACCUGACUCAGGUUUUAGUGGGACGACUGAUGAAAAUCAGUUCAGAGCGCCUCAAGAUUCACAAGAAAAUAAGUUUGUGGAUAUAAAUCUGGAGGACGAUGAUGAAUUUGGAAAUGAUAUUGCAUCCAGUAUUAAGACUGAAAGCUUUUAUUCUACGUCACAUGAAAUGGGUUCAUCUGUGGAUGAGGCAGGACCAUCAAAUAUUUCCAGUUCUGUCACUGAAAGGUUUGUAACUCCAUUAAGGAUGGUAGAAAA